AUGUCUAAUGAAGGCGUUCAGCCCACCAAGGAAUUGGUGGUUGACGAUAAUGUAGAGGGUGACAAGGCACCCAGCGAUGAAGAAGAAGGUGAAGAUGUUUUCGAUUCGUCAGAAGAAGACGAGGAUCUUGACGAAGACGAAGAAGAAGCCAAGAAAGUACGCGAAGGAUUCAUUGUCGAUGAUGAUGAAGAAGGACGUGCUUCUGCUGGGAGGAAAAGGGGCAAGAAACAUAAAAGAAGACCUAGAGAGGACGAAGACGAUAAGCUUUCAGAAGACGAUCUCGACCUACUGAUGGAAAAUGCGGGCGUGAAGAGACCAGUAAGCACAGAUUCAAAUAAGGCUAAACUCAAAAGGCUUAAAAGGGCCGGGGAUAAUGGCAGUGAAGAGCCCAGCGAUUCUACUGCCCAAGGUCCAACAACUGCUUCUAGAUUCGACGAUUUUUUUUCUGAGGAUGAAGAUGAAGGUCCCGAAAAAGAGCAACCUUCGGUAGAAGAUGAAGCAGCUCCCUCUAGUCGGAGAAACGCAGACGUAGGUACCAUCGACGAACUGGACGAUUUCAUCGAGGAAGACGAAUUUUCUGACGAAGAUGAAGAAAGCCGGCAGCAACGCCUAGAAGAGCGUAAGAUGAUCCGCGAGCAAAGAAUGAAUCAACCCGUUCAAAUAACUGGUCUUUCUUCAGAAAAGAUUGACGAAAUGUACGACAUUUUUGGUGACGGCCACGACUACGAUUGGGCCCUGGAAGUCGAAAAUGAGGAAUUCGAUCAGGUAGAAGGCGGAGAUGGAGCUGCAGGCAAUGAUGAUGAAUUUGACGCUGAGGGUUCCCACGAGUCGAGAAAACCAAAAAUUACGCUGCAGGACAUCUACGAUUUGCAAGAUCUGAGGAAAAAUCUUCUUACAGAAGAGGAUAUGGUCAUAAGAAGGGCCGAUAUACCGGAACGGUAUCAAGAACUCAGAGCUGGUCUAAAAAAUUACGGAGAACUGGGCGCUGAGGAUCAAGAGCUUGAGAAAAACUGGAUUAGCGACAAGCUCUGCGUGGACAAAAAUUUUGACCCUGACUUCGACCUUUCGGAAUUUAAAGAGGCUGUGGGUAACGCCAUCAAGUUUGUGAGUAAAGACAACAUGGAGGUUCCGUUCAUUUAUGCUUACCGCCGUAACUACAUCUCUUCUAAAGAGAAAGACGGGUUUGUUUUGAACGAGGACGAUCUAUGGGAAAUUGUUUAUAUGGACUCCGAAUUUCACAGUAUCAUCUACAAGAGAGAUUACGUCAAAAAUUUCUACAAGCUAUUGGGUAUUGAGGACCCAAUUGUCGACGAGUACUUUAGAAACCAAGCCUCGUCAAUGACAGAGCUAACAUCCUUACAAGACAUUUACAACUACCUGGAGUUCAAGUUUGCUCAUGAGAUCAACGAAGCCUUACUCACUCAAAGUAACGGAUCAACAAAGAAGCACAUGAAAAACUCAAGCUAUGAAAGGUUCAAGUCAAGUCCUUUAUACAAAGCUGUAAAUGAUAUUGGGAUAACAUCCGACCAGGUGGGGGAGAACAUCCACUCAGAGCAUCAAAUUCAUCCCGUAAUAGAUCACCCAGAUUCCAAACCUCAACAAGUGAUUGCUGACAUUAUGUUAGAGUCCAGCGCAGAUCUUCAAGUUUUUACGACGAAUCAUAAACUAGCUCUGGAGACUGUUCAAAAAUACUACUCACUAGAGAUUGCGAACAAUCCAAAGGUAAGGGAAAAGGUAAGAGCUGAUUUUUACAAGUAUUACAUCGCCGAUGUUGUGCUAUCGGUUAAAGGUAAAAAGGAAAUACAGCGGGGCUCGCCUUAUGAAGAUAUCAAAUAUGCGAUCAACCGGACGCCCGUCCUUUUCAGGAAAGAACCAGAAGUCUUCUUGAGAAUGUUAGAAGCUGAAUCCCUGCACCUAAUGACGGUUAAGAUCCAUAUGUCAUCUCAGGCCCAGUAUUGUGAUCAUUUGUUUCAAACAGCACUCGACACCACCAACACGUCCGAAAUUGCGACAGAAUGGAAUGAUUUCCGUAAAGGUGCUUUCCUCUCGGCUCUCGACAAAAUUUUUUUGGAAAUAAGUCAAGAGAUCAAAGAUGACUUGAGAAAGUCUUGUCAAAAGCUCGUGUCCAAAGCUGUACGUCAUAAAUUCAUGACCAAGCUUGACCAAGCACCAUAUAUUCCUAACCCGCGUGAUCCCAAGAUUCCAAGAGUCCUCGCUGUUACUUGCGGUCAAGGUCGUUUUGGUUCUGACGCUAUCAUUGCAGUUUACGUGAACAGGAAGUCCGAUUACGUUCGUGACUACAAGAUUGUUGACAACCCAUUCGACAGAAGCAAUCCAGAGAAAUUUGAGGAAACGUUGGAUAACAUAAUACAGGCUUGUCAACCGAACGUCAUUGCUAUAAACGGGCCAAACCCUAAGACUCAACGGCUGGUACGGAAGAUUCAAGAAGUUAUACAAAAAAAGCAGAUUGUUGACAACAGAGGACAUAACAUCCCCGUGAUUUAUGUUGAAGAUGAGCUUGCGACACGGUACCAAUCCUCAGAAAGGGGAAUAGCUGAGUUUCCGAACAAACCCUCAUUGGUGAAGUACUGCAUUGCCCUGGCUAGGUACGUGCAUUCUCCCCUAUUGGAGUACGUUAAUCUGUCUCCGGAUGAAUUAAUGUCUUUGUCAAUCCAUCCUAGUCAAUCUUUAUUGACUAAAGAUAACUUCAUGAAGGCACUCGAAACAUCCUUCGUUGACCUCGUCAAUCUAGUUGGAGUUGAGGUUAACAAGUCGACAGAUAAUGGGUAUUACGCUCGCUGUCUGCAGUAUAUUUCCGGUCUCGGUAAGCGGAAAGCGACCGAUUUCUUGGAGUCUUUGCAAAGAUUGAACGAGCCUCUUCUGGCCCGUCAGCAGUUAAUUACUCACAACAUUUUGCAUAAGACAAUAUUCAUGAACUCUGCUGGCUUUCUAUACAUCUCUUGGAAUCAAAAGAAUCAGAGGUAUGAGGACUUGCAACACGAUCAACUAGAUAGCACAAGAAUCCAUCCAGAAGAUUACCAUUUGGCAACCAAAGUUGCUGCCGAUGCGCUAGAGUAUGACCCUGACGAUAUUGCAGAAAAGGAUGAACAAGGCGCAAUGAGUGAGUUCAUCGAAAUAUUGAGAGAUGAUUCUGACUGCAAGGCGAAACUUGAAUCGCUCAAUCUGGACGCUUAUGCUGAAGAGCUGGAGAAAAAUACUGGACAAAAGAAACUCAACAGUCUGAAUACAAUAGUUUUAGAAUUGUUGAAUGGCUUUGAAGAAUUAAGAAACGAUUUUCGUCCAUUACACGGUGAGGAUGUCUUCACCACCUUGACAGGAGAAACCGACAAAACUUUUUUCAAGGGCUGCAUUGUCCCUGUAAAAGUUGAGCGUUUUAGACACAGCGAUAUCAUCUGUGCUACCAAUUCUUUGGUGGAAUGCAUUGUGAAUGCACAGCGUCAUUUAGGUGCUCAAUUGAAACGGCCUGCGUCGGAAUUGUACGAGAUCGGUAUGACAUAUCCCGCCAAGGUGAUUUUUAUUGACUAUGAAAAUAUCAGCGCCGAGGUAUCUCUGCUAGAGCAUGAUGUUAAACACCAGUUCGUGCCUGUUCAUUACAGCAAAGAUCCUUCUGUUUGGGAUCUAAAGCAAGAGCUCGAGGAUGGUGAAGAGGAGAAAAAAAUUGCCAUGCGCGAAGCUCGCGCUAAAAGAACUCAUAGAGUUAUCAAUCAUCCUUAUUAUUUCCCAUUCAACGGCCAACAAGCCGAGGAUUACCUAAGAAGUAAGGAACGUGGUGAUUUCGUAAUAAGACAGUCGUCGCGUGGUGACGACCAUUUAUCGAUUACCUGGAAGCUGGACAAGGACUUGUUUCAGCAUAUCGAUAUAGUGGAGCAAGAGAAAGAAAAUCCCUUGGCGUUAGGUCGGAUUCUGCUGGUGGAAGGUCAAAGAUACCAUGAUUUGGAUCAAAUCGUGGUAGAAUACCUGCAAAAUAAGGUGAGACUCUUGAACGAGAUCACGUCUAAUGAAAAGUUCAAACGAGGCACAAAGAGAGAGGUGACGAAGUUUAUUGAAGACUAUUCCAAAGUGAAUCCCAACAGAUCCGUGUACUACUUCAGCUUCAAUUAUGAAAACCCAGGUUGGUUUUUCCUGAUGUUUAAGAUAAAUGCUCAGAGUAAGCUCUACACUUGGAACGUGAGGUUGACCCACACAGGAUUUUUCUUGGUCAAUUAUAACUAUCCAACUGUAAUCCAGCUCUGCAAUGGUUUCAAAACCUUAUUGAAGACCAGCAACAGGACCCAAAGACCUGGAAGUGCUGUUAGUAGCGCUCCAACAGCAACAGCAGGCCCUGCUGGUGGUUAUUACGGAUACUGA